CUUAGCAAAGCAUAAACAAACCAAAAAAUACCCGCAUACCACUGAUUUCAUCGUAAUGAGUACUGAUAUCGGUUCAUCUAGGAAAUCUAACAUUCAUGAAAAUGUUGGACUUCAGUUAAAUGAUGUAAAAACCCCUGUCCGACAGAAAAUGUCGUCGGGAAGGCGGCAUUCCGGUGGGGGUCGUCAACAAAAUGAAAAAUUUGAGAAACCACCACGAUUGUUGAGCACAAGUUCCACAACCACAACCAGCCAUGCAUCUGUUUCGUCUGCUGGGAGUAUGGCACCUAAUGCUCGUCUUUCAGGAUCUAGUCGUGCUAAAGUUUCUUCUGUUUGUGGGGCUAAACCCAAGCAACAACCUCUUCCUCAGGCUCAGCAAGCCAGACAAAAGAAAACAAAACCUUAUCCAGUCGCUGAAAGACCUUCCCACCAAGCAAAGAUAAAGAAAGGGUGUUCCCCUCUGCGGCAGACACCUGUGGUCAAUGGAGAUGCUGACUUCUAUGACAAUGAUGAUGAAUUGGAUGCUGAUGAUGGACAGGAUGUCAUGUUCUACAAUGUGCCAAGUGAAAGAGAGAAGUCAGAAGAGGUUGACAAAAAGAGAAAGUUUAAGAAGAUGACUGAAGAAAUGAUAUUUGAUAGUUCUCAAGAAAGUAAUUGUCAUAGAGUCUAUGAAAUUAUUUUACAUGCUGCUGGGAUUAAGAAGAUUGAAAACUUGCAAAAGUUCACCAAAUGCCGGGUGCUUGACCUUUCUUGUAACCACAUUGAAAACAUAGAAGAUUUGGAACAGCUGCAAGAUCUUAGGGAACUGAAACUCUAUGAUAAUCAGCUCAGGACCAUCCAAAACUUAGAUUGUUUGAAAGAAUUGGUCCAUCUACAACUUCAGCAUAAUAAAAUCAAGUCUUUAGGUCGAGGUAUAAUAAACCUUAGGAAGUUAUCCCAAUUAAGACUUGACCAUAACUGCAUCAUGAAGUUGGAGGGAAAGGAGUUGACCAGUUGUUCACAGCUGACUGCUUUAGAUUUGAGCUACAACAGACUAGAUAGUGUUGUGGCCUUAAACUGUUUACCAAACCUAGAAGAGUUACAAGUAGCCAAUAAUCGACUAAAGGUUGUUGGAGACCUUUCACGUUGUCGAAAGCUCCAAGAUAUAGACUUCUCAGGAAACCGCUUGACAGAUCUGUCUGGUUUGAAAGGCCUACCAAACCUCAUGGUGCUAAACGUAUCGAGAAAUCACUUAUUCAACUUGAAAUCUGUGGGAAAAUUGCGAUCCCUCCAAGAACUGAAUAUCUCAUACAACAAGGUGUCCGAGUUAUCGUCUCUGGUGCAGCAGUUUCCGAAUCUGGAAAUUCUGAAUAUCAGUAACAAUAGUAUUGAAAAGUGGGAAGAAGUGGACAAGCUCAAAACCUUGACCAACCUCGUAGAACUGUUUGCAUCUAAGAACCCAGCCACUGAAUGUGCUGUCCAACAAGCUCACCAGGAUGUGCGUCUGCUACUUCCCCACCUUGACAUGUUGGAUGGAUGCCACUUGAAGAAGCUUACCCCCAGAUCUAGUGCGCCAAUCAUGAGGCCAAUGUCGGCAUCAACAAUUGUAAGUUCUCGCCAUGUAGAAUGUCAGCUGAAGACGUUUGAUGACGAAAUAUCAGCAUUUGAAGUUGACAUGAACAGAAAGUUUGAGUCACUGUUUUCAUCCAUGUCGAUGCUUCCUGAGAAAUCUCCUAACCGACCAGAUUCUGCCUUCAGUAGGUGUCUCUCCUCAAGUGGAGGAAGCAGGCCGAGUAGCAGACGAUCCAGAAUUAUGGAAGCCAAGGAAUUUGCUGCACAGAAUUUCUGAAAGGUGUCAUCUCGCCUAACUCCUUGUCACAUCAGUUCAUGUAUUUCCCUUGUUAGGAUAACUUGUCCAUAGGACAGACAAAAUAGACAGGUUUUCUAUUCUCAGCAGUCAAGCAAAGAUACUGUUAGCAUGAAUAUGUGGUAUCAACUGACCAUAGGCUAGCAUCCUCAAAAGGAUGUUCUAGUGUCCUACCGUCUGUGAUUUCGUUAUCAUUCCAUGAACUGAUCUUUUUAGUGUAUUUAUGUAACACCAGUAUCACCCACUUGGUGACUGUUAAGGUAACCUGGCUUAUGCCAUCCUUUGUAGUAGUGGACCAUCAAGGAUACAUCUACACUUCCAGUUAGCAGUGCAAAGUUUGAAAAACUGUUUGUUCAUGCUGGCCAUAAUGUUAAAGCAUAUUUUAUACAUUUUAUGUAGUCCGUCCUUCGUAAAAAUCAAAUAUAUAUUCACUCAAUCACUUUUGCACACCUGUUCAUAAAAUGGAAUAUACAGGUUCAAGGCAGCAAUAGAAUCACUGGAUUCCACUGUGACAGCUGGAGUUGGGGAUGAACGGAGCUCUAUUAUUACCCAGAACAGGUAUAUUCAGUCUGAAGAACCAGCAUGUUUUGUAUGAAAAAAUAUUUUAUAUUGCGUAGACAUAUCGAUGUGUGAAUAGUGAAAAUUUUGUAAAUAUUGUAUUGACUAUUCUUGUUUUCCUCCACUUCUGGCCAGCACCUAACAGCACAUCAACUGAUGUGACCUAUCAAUCAAUUUGUUACUUUAUGACCUCCAAAGUCCAUCGUCAUUCCAGCUUUGAAAAUUAUGACAAUUGGGGACAGUUCAUUUCAUCAUUUACCCCUACCAGGUACUGUCCUGAAGAGGAGGACACAGUCUUCUGUGUAUUUAUUCUCAAAUGUUAUUCUACUGAUAAAACCCAAAGACAUUUGACUGUUGUUUAUAAAGCAGACACAGUAUUCAUUUCAUAAUCCAAUGGUGUACAAGUGCUUCUUUUCUUUUCUGUGUGAA